AUGAAGAACAAAUCAGAGGAGAUCGUGUUCAUCUUGCUGGGACUGACAGAUGACCCUCAGCUACAAAUCGUGGUUUUCCUGUUUCUCUUUGUCAACUACAUCCUGAGCCUGAUGGGGAACUUUGUCAUCAUCCUGCUCACACUGCUGGACCCCCGCCUCAAGACUCCCAUGUACUUCUUCCUUCGAAAUUUCUCCUUCUUAGAAAUUUCAUUCACCACCGUUGGCAUCCCACGCUUUUUGACCAGCAUUCUCACAGGAGACAAAACAAUUUCCUAUAAUGGUUGUGUUUCUCAGUUCUUCUUUUUUUUUCUACUAGGAGUUACAGAGUUUUACCUGCUGGCCGUCAUGUCCUAUGACCGCUAUGUGGCCAUCUGCAAACCCCUGCAUUACCCAGUCAUCAUGAACAGCAAGGUGUGCCACCAGCUGGUGCUCAGCUCCUGGGUGAUUGGAUUCUUAACCAUCUUUCCCCCUUUGCUCUUAGGACUCCAGCUGGAUUUCUGUGCAAACAGAAAGAUUGACCACUUCCUCUGUGACACUUCCCCUGUCCUGCAGAUCUCUUGCACAGAUACACAUUUCAUAGAAAUGUUGGCUUUUGUCUUUUCUGUGAUGACACUUGUCAUCACACUGUUUUUAGUGGUCCUUUCCUACACCUUCAUCAUCAAAACCGUCCUAAAAUUUCCUUCAGUUCAUCAAAGAACAAAGGCUUUUUCCACCUGUUUCUCACAUAUGGUUGUUGUCUCUAUUACUUAUGGAAGUUGUAUCUUUAUCUGCAUCUUCAUGUAUGUCAAGCCUUCAGCCAAGGACAGGGCCUCGCUGACCAAAGGAGUGGCCAUUCUCAAUACCUCCAUUGCUCCCAUGUUGAACCCUUUCAUUUACACCUUGCGGAAUCAGCAAGUAAAAGAAGCCUUCAAAAGUUUGGUUCAUAAAGUAGUGUUUUAUAAGAACAAGUGA